AUGGGGUCGGGUGGUGAACACCGAAACUCGGACAAUGCACGCUGGAACUCGGGCGAUGAACGGCUUAACUCGGGCGAUGAACGGCUUAACUCGGGCGAUGAACGGCUUAACGCGGGCGAUGAACGGCUCAACUCGGACGAUGAACGCUGGAACUCGGGCGAUAAGCGCCGUAUUCCGGACAAUGCACGCUGGAAUUCGGGCGAUGAACGCUGGAACUCGGGCGAUGAACGCUGGAACUCGGGCGAUAAACGCCGUUUCCCGGAAAAUGCACGCUGGAACUCGGGCGAUGAGCUGCGUUACUCGGGCGAUAAAAGCUGGAACUCUGGCAAUGAACGCUGGAACUCGGGUGAUGAACACCGUAACUCGGACAAUAUACGCUGGAACUCGGGCGAUGAACGGCGUUACUCGGGCGAUGAACGCUGGAACUCGGGAGAUGAACGCCUAAACUCGGGCGCUGGAGCUCGGGCGAUGAACGCUGGAAAUCGGGUGAUGAUCCCCGUAACUCAGACAAUGCACGCUUGA